AUGCCUAAGUUCAAUAUAAUUGCGAAACUAGUGUCUUGGGGAUUAUUUUUCAAGGGAAUUGGGAAAAUGAGAGUGAUUUCUACAGCAACAACCAUUUUUACAUCUCCAUCGCCACAGGUGUGGCGCCGGGCACAGACCUUUCAGAAUCACGGCUUGGAAACGGGGAACUUCCUGCUAAGGCGAACGCCGGACAAGAUAAAACAGUUUGAGAACCUGCUCCAGCUGCUGCUCACCAAGUAUCCCGAGCUACUGGACGUCAGCGACUCCCACCAGCUGCUCUCCCACAUUGGCUUCCUCAAGAGUCGCGUCUCCACAAGCAAGAAUGUGUGGAAGCUGCUGAUGAACAGUCCAGAUGUGAUAGCCCAGCCGGAGGAAGUCGUCGAGGAGAAGCUGAAUCUAAUGGUGGAUGUCAUGCUCCUUGAGGUCCCCGAGAUUGUCAAGUCCUGCGCCCUGACCCUGGCCUUCGAGGAGCUGCGCUGUCGCCACGCCUUCCUAUUGCGCUUGGGCUUGUUCAAGCCGCGUCCCCUGAAAGCAGAUCCAUCCUCCAUCAUCCACCAUCCAUCCUCCCUCUGCUGGCUACUAUUGAUGAAUUGUCCAUUGCCAACUCUGUUUAUUUAA